AUGUUGUUCAAAAAAACAGUCUAAAGUGGUAGUUCACCUGUUUGCAUCGGAAGAAAACUGUGCCCUGCUGCCUUUCUACGCGGAGCAGGGCCCCUCAAUCCUAUCAACAGUUGCCUCCUUGAUUCGACGAUUCCUCCUUCCUUCUGGUUUCCAUUUGCUUUCUCUCUUUCUUCCUUUGUUUCUCGUCCUCCUCCUCAGCUUUUUUACCUCCUUGACUCUUGUAGCUGUUCUUAAAGUUUUGUGAGAAUCUUGAUAGCUUAAUUGUUUGCAUGGGAAGAACAUAUUUGUAGAAAAGAAAAACCCACCUGAUUGGAUGUCGUAACACAAUCUCUGGGUUCUUCUUCGAUGGCUUCCUGUUCGAACUCCGAAUUUCAAGGUACAUACGACAUUUUCUUGAGCUUUAGGGGCUUAGACACCCGUAAAAAGUUCACCGAUCACCUCUACGAGGCUUUGAAGCGGGAGGGGUUUCAAACAUUUAGAGAUGACGAUGGGAUCGAGAGGGGUGAGAACAUCAAAUCCGAGUUGCGGAAAGCUAUUGAGAACUCGAGGAUGUCGAUCAUCGUGUUAUCCAAAAACUACCCGAAUUCGAUGGCGUGCCUGCGUGAAAUCCAGAUGAUUCUGGAAUACCGUAAGAAGAAGUUGGAUCAUGUGAUUUUGCCCGUGUUCUAUGAAGUGGAUCCGUUGGACAUUAAGGAGCGAGCCAAAAAUUUGGAUUUCGGAAAAGUGACAGUUGAGGAAGUGAAGGGAUGGAGUGCGGCGCUUGAGGAGGUUGCGACUAUGGCUGGGAUGGUUUCCGGAAAUCAAUCUAAUGGGUAUGAAGCCAAGUUUAUUGAGGAAAUUAUUGGUGUACUCAAAAUCAAGCAAGUUGGCAAGCACCUGAGAGUUGGGGACUAUCUAGAUCUUGACGAAAACAUGCGAAAUCUCAAGAAAAAGCUAGAGUACUUGACUGGUCAAGAGAAUGACAUAUAUUCCGAAAUUUGCAGUGCAGAGCGCCAGCCAUGGAAAAGACGAAAGAAAGAAGUUGAAGUUUGGCUCACAGAUGUGCAACGGUUUAAAGACGAUGUGCAAAGGCUUGAGCUCGAAGUAGUUGGAGAAACAAAUGUCUUCUCGCGUAUGUGGUUGGGAAAGGAUAUCGUCAAGAACAUUCAAGAGGUGUCAGAACUCCAGGAAAAGGGCAGAGAUUUUAAUGGUUUGCUUAUUGAUGAACUUCCAGCUGGCAGACUGUUGAUACCACCAACGAAAGAUUUUGUUGAAUCCACGAAGUCAAGGAACGUGGAAAGAGUUUGGGCAUGCUUGAUGGCUGAUGAUGUUAGACAGAUUGGCGUUUAUGGAAUGGGGGGCAUUGGCAAAACAACCAUCAUGAAGCACAUUCACAAUCAGCUCUUGGAAGAAAAAGGCAAGUUUGAUAUUGUUUAUUGGGUCACCGUAUCUAAGGCAUUCAAUGUUACAAAGCUACAGAGUGACAUAGCUACGGCUCUGAAUCUUAGUCUUAGGGAGGAUGAGGAAGUCACAAGAAGAGCAUCGCAAUUAUAUGCAGUGCUCUCCAGACAGAAAAGGUACGUCCUUAUCUUAGAUGAUCUAUGGGAGCCAUUUGCUCUGGAGAGAGUGGGUAUUCCAGAACCGAUGAGAUCUAACGGGUGUAAACUUGUGCUAACUACACGAUUGUUAGAAGUGUGUAGAAGGAUGGAGUGCACACCUGUAAAACUGGAUCUUCUCACAGAGGAGGAAGCGCUGACUCUAUUUCUCAGCAAGGCUGUUGGAAAUGACACCGUGCUUGCUCCAGAAGUGGAAGAAAUUGCAGCUAAAAUUGCCAAACAAUGUGCGUGUCUGCCGCUUGCAAUUGUUACAUUAGCUGGAAGUUUACGGGGAUUGAAAGGAACCCAUGAAUGGAGAAAUGCGUUGAAUGAAUUGAUCAGUUCAACGGAAGAUGCCAACGAUGAUGAAAGUGAGGUUUUUGAGCGAUUGAAAUUUAGUUAUAGUCGCCUAGGAAGUAAGGUGCUCCAGGAUUGUUUCUUGUAUUGUUCCUUGUAUCCUGAAGACCAUAUGAUCCCUGUGAACGAGCUGAUAGAGUAUUGGAUUGCGGAGGAAUUAAUCGUUGAUAUGGACAGUGAAGAAGCACAGUUUGACAAGGGUCACGCUAUAUUGGGAAAACUAACAAGUAGUUGCUUAUUGGAGAGCUUUACCAACAUACACGGGAUGAUGGAAUACGUUAAGCUGCAUGAUUUGAUCCGAGAUAUGGCUCUCAGAAUAAGUAGUCCUCGAUUCAUGGUUAAAGCUGGUGAGAGAAUAAAAAGCAUACCAUAUGAACACUGGUCUGAGGAUCUUGAGAGGAUUUCCUUAUUGCAUAGUCGGAUAAGUGAACUUCCAGUUACACCACCUAUCUGCCCUCGGCUUACCACAUUACUUUUGCGUCGCAUUCACUACUUGUCGAAUUCUUUCUUCACCUAUAUGCGUUGUCUUGAGGUUUUGGAUUUAUCCAAUAACCAUCUGAACUCACUGCCAGAGUCCAUCUCCAACUUGGAGAAUUUACAUGCACUAAUCCUGGCUAAUAGUCAUGUACUAAUGUAUGUGCCGUCAUUAGCAAAGCUAAAGGCUCUGAAAGAGUUUAAACUGACUAAUAGCUGGAUUGAAAAAUUACCUGCAGGUUUAGAAGAAUUGGUUAGUCUCAGAAAACUCGACCUCUCAGAAAAUGAAAGACUAGAGACGUUUCCUAGCUGGAAGUUACGCAGGCUCUCAAAACUCCAACACCUUAGAAUUGACGGGACAAAAGUAGAAGUGUCAGCAGAAGAUCUCCUGUGCUUGAAGCAAUUAAAAGUUGUCUCUGUCCGUUUUCACUAUGUACAACAGCUUAUCAGGUAUGUGACAUCUCAGCAGUUCCAAGGGUUGGAGAAGUACUGUCUUACAGUGGGAGAACGUCAUAUAAGUUAUGAUCCCGAAAAAGAUCCAGGAAAAUUAGAUCCAGGAAAAAAAGUUUAUAUCAAUUCCGAAUCUGUAGCUUUUGGAAGUGCAGUAGAUCAGCUAGUUCUCCCCGCCGACAUUAAUUCCUUUCGGCUAGAGCUCCCCGCCGACAUAAAUCCAUUGCAGCAUGAUGGAUUCCAUGAUCCUAUUAGCUUAUCAGCUAUUCCUUGCUUCAAAGAUGCCAGAGAUUUACGUACAUGUAUAGUCAGCGGCUUUGUUGGGUUAGAAUCCAUCUUUUCGUCAUCACCAUUUUCAAAAGAAGGCUUGAUCUCUCUAGGAACCGUUGAGGAUUUAGAUUUGGAAGUUUUACCCAGAUUUAGGGUACUCUUUGACGGGAUUGUCCCACCACACAGCAUUUACUUCAACCUAAAAGUACUGUACUUUAGUAAAUGUGAUGCUGUGAAGAAUAUUUUCCCUGUCCAAUUGUUGCAAAACUUUCCAAACCUCGAGCAACUUUGUGUGUGGGAUUGUAAGAAUGUGGAGGACAUAAUAGUUGAAAAAGAAGAGAUGAGUGAUCGGGGCAAUCAUCAAGAUUAUAGCAACUCAAUCAGUCUCCCCAAACUCAAGGUCUUAUAUCUAGGUUACCUACCAAAACUGAAGAGCAUUUAUAACGUCUUAUAUCUAGGUUACCUACCAAAACUGAAGAGCAUUUAUAACGGCAUGAUGGUUUGCCCAUCACUACAAGAAGUGGUUGUAAGAAAUUGUUGGAUGGUAAGGAGACUGCCUCUUUCUCUGCAUAUGGAUAGUGACCAAGCAACAGCACCACCUUUCUUCAAGUACAUUUAUGGAGAUGAAACAUGGUGGGAGUCUCUGGAAUGGGAUGAUCCCCUCACCAAAACCAUUCUUGAACCUUAUCUGUUAGAUUAUCUAAACUAUGAGGACUAUGAAAAGGAUUAUCUGAACUAUGAGGACUAUUGA